GCGUACCUACCUACCUGCCUACUCCCCGAUACAAGUGGUCCGUAUUUCGUAGUCUUAGUGUUCUCGAGUCGCUGCUUCUGACCAUACAGUUUCAUAGUGGUGUUCCAGUGUUGUUAAAAUAUAUUAUCGCCGGACGCAGACAGAAGCAAUUCGUAAUUCGUGCUUAAGAGUACUGCAAUAGUAACAGUUCACCUGUAUUUUCUACAACAGUCGGUUGAAAAAACGAGAGCUGAGCAUUAUUAUAAUUUAAGAAUAAAAAAAAGCCAAAAUGUUUCGCUCUAUCAACAAAUUAUCAACACAUUUGAACAACCGUUACGUUAUGGGAACUCUAUCCAGAGGCAUAGCUGAACAACGUUCGAGUAUGGAAGAAUAUUUCAAAGACAAGAGCUUCAUAGUGACUGGAGCAAGUGCUGGCAUGGGAAAAGUUAUUACUGGAAGACUGUUAGCAAUGGAAGCUCACGUAUUCGCAAUCGGAAGAGAUAUAGACAGUCUACCGAGUAUUCCUGACCUAAAACUGACCAAAGUGAAUGUGGACAUUGGUGAUUGGGAUUCGACAUAUAAAAAGAUCUUAGAAAUGGGACCCGUACACGGUUUAGUUAACAACGCUGGAGUAGCUCACAUCGAACCAUUUAUGGAGACGACACAACACGGAUGGGAUGAUACAAUAAACAUAAAUUCCAGAGGAGUAGUAAGAGCAAGUCAAGCUGUAGCUAAAAAUAUGAUUGCUGCAAAAAUCAAAGGAUCAAUAGUCAACAUAUCCUCAACCAUAUCUGAGCGAGCCAUACCAGAUCAUGUAUCGUAUUGUGCAUCUAAAGGAGCUGUGAACCAAAUUACCAGGACAAUGGCCAUAGAAUUAGGACCUCUUGGAAUAAGGACAAACAAUGUUAAUCCUACUGUUGUAUUGACCAAGAUGGGGUUAAUAGCGUGGUCUGAUCCGAAAAAAUCAGAACCGAUUUUGAAUAGAAUACCAUUAGGAAGAUUUGCACAACCCAAUGAUAUUGCUGAUGCAGUGAUAUUUCUAUUGAGCGACUAUUCAAAAAUGAUAAAUGGUGUGAACCUAUACGUAGAUGGCGGUUUUAUGACUGGAUAAGUAUUUCGAUACUUUAUAUUGAUGUGAAGAGUAAUAAAAUAAUCAUUAUAUAAUAUACAACUAAACAAUAAAAUCUAUAUGAAUAUUGUAAUAAUA